AUGGAGAAUGAAAAUAAAAUACUUAUAAUAAGAGUUAUUAGAUCAUUUGAAUAUAGAACUAUAAAGAAUCUCAUUUUAAAGGAUAUAGAUUUAAAUACAAAUGUUUCUGAUUUUAAAAAACUGGUCGCUGAUAAAAUUCAAACUACACCAGGAUUUACACCAUUUAAAACAAAACAAUAUGACUCAAUGAAAAUAUUUUUUGUGCCACAUGGUCAAAAACCAAAUAAUUUAACUAUAAAUAUUGAAAAUGAUCAUUUCUUUUUAAAUAAUAAUAAAUCUUUAGCUGAAAAUGGUGUUGUAUAUGAAACAGAGAUUUCAUUUUUUGUAAUGGAGGAUUAUUUAAAAUAUAAAGAAAACCCAGAAAAUAAAUGGUAA